UUUAUCUGGCUGCAUUUCAGCCGAUUGUGAUGGUUUUCGUGCAAAAAUCUAGAGUAAAACGACUCAGAAAUACAUUAAAACAGCUGUGCGUUUUUUAAAAAAUCCGCCUGAAAGCAUGAACAACCAGACUCAAGGACAGCUUCUCCGCCACUAUUAUCAGACUCUUAAAAGGACCUCUCAUAUGGCUAAAAGAUGAACUGUUGAUCUCCCAAGCUACCGUCGUCGUGGCCCUUGCUACCUGCACUGAACUUUCUCUAACACUGUAAAUCUUCACCAUGUCCAAGCAAAGGACUGUGAAUCUGGAGUGUGGGAAAUCCACCCAAGCACUUUACGUCAUUGGAACUGUAAUUAAUGUUGAUAUUUACAAACCAUCUCCUCCAGGGUGCCGGACCUUUGAAGUCACCUCAAGUCCAGGUGUCAAUUGUUCCAUCUCAAAUCAACAGAAUCUAACCAUUGCUGCGCAAUAUGCAACCCGUUGGGCUCUCAGUGAAGGGAUCUUGCUUGGGGUGAUGGUGGACCAAGUAAGCUAUGCUCCCAAUGAUAGAAAGGUCACGGUGAUAUUCUAUGGAGACGAUGUGGGAGAGCCCAUUGAUAAGAUGAUCCUUGAGCUCACAGCUGUCGUUGUGUCAUUGGAUGUGGAUGCAGAUCGUGAUGGUAUUGUCGAGAAGAAUAAUCCCAAUAAGGGUUCUUGGAAGUGGGGUCCCAAAGGACAUGGAGCCAUUCUUCUUGUGAACUGUGACAAGGAAGAGGCAGCUAUUCGUGGAAAUGACAACUCUGAUGAUAAAGUUUCCAUAUUUGAAGACCUAGGAGACAUGUCACACAUGAUCCUAAGAACUGAAGGACCAAACAAUUUGCCAGCUGGGUACAAACUGAAUCUGUCCAUUUCACCUCUUGAUGAAGAGAAAGUGCAAAUCUUUCAGCAUGAUAUAACAAAAAUGACCAGUGUGUUGGGGAGAAAGAAGAUGUCAGCUGUUAUGGAUUUUACAAAAGGGGACAAUGAAAUUCAUUUCUUUGCUGAAGGGCUCAUGUUUCCAAAUGAUAAGAUUACUAAUCUGGUGACCAUCAACCUCAGCUUGCUGCAAAGCAUGAUUUACCGAGAGAUUCCUAUUUUCACUGAACAAGUCGUAUUUCGUUUGGCUCCAUGGAUUAUGACUCCUAAUACUCUGGGUCCUGCGGAGGUAUUUGUGUGCAGUGUAAAAAGAAAUGUAAAGUUCCUGAAAGAAUUCAAGAGUUUCAUGGAAAAGACACAGUGCAAGCUAACAGUUUGUCCUGAAAGCAUGAAUCUCUCAGAUGUCUGGAUGCAGGACGAAAUUGAAUUUGGUUACACAGAGGCUCCUCACAAGUACCUGAAUGUGGUGUUGGAUUCUCCUCGAGAUGCGGGACUUCAGGAUUUUCCCUACAAAUAUCUCCUGGGCCCAGAUUUUGGACACACAAAAGUGACAGGUGAAAAGGGGAACAGUCUGAACAGCUUUGGAAAUCUGGAGGUCAGCCCUCCAGUGACAGUGAAUGGAAAGGAAUAUCCCCUGGGAAGGAUCAUCAUCGGAAGCAGUUUACCCAAUUCUUCUGAUGGGAGAAAGAUGUCAAAGACCAUUCAGGACUUCUUGAUUGCUCAGGAAGUCCAGUCUCCUAUUGUGCUGUACUCGGACUGGUUGGUUGUAGGUCACGUGGAUGAGUUCAUGACCUUCGUUCCAGCCCCUGACAGAAAGGGUUUCAGGCUUCUCCUGGCCAGUCCCGAUUCUUGCUACAGGCUGUUCAAGAAGCUCAAGGAAGGUGGCCAUGGGGAAGCCCGGAUGUUUGAAAAUCAAGUUGUAAAACCAGUCAAAAUUAGUGAAAUCCUGAAUGAUCAAACUCUGCGUGAAGAGAAUGCUUAUGUACAGCAAUGCAUUAAUUGGAACAGAGACAUGCUAAAGAUGGAAUUGGGAUUGGAUGAAGGAGAUAUCAUUGAUAUUCCUGCAUUGUUUCAUCGGGAUGCUGAAUUUCAACGUGCUUUAGCUUACUUUCCAGAUAUGGUGAACAUGUUAGUCAUUGGCAAAUUCUUAGGCAUUCCAAAGCCUUUUGGGCCACUGAUAAAUGGAAAAUGUCCAUUGGAAUCUGCAGUGCGUUCAGCGCUGGAACCACUUGGUCUGGAUUGCACCUUCAUUGAUGAUUUCACCUCCUACCAUAUGCGGUAUGGUGAAGUUCACUGUGGCAGCAAUGUUUGUCGGAAACCAUUUACUUUUAAGUGGUGGAACAUGGAGAUAUAAUUACUAGUUACAGUUUCCACAAGUAACAAAGCAUUGCUUUAUUUUCCUCUUCAGUUUUUCUACAGCUUUGAUAAAGUGUAACCUGCUGAAAAGUCUUUUGACUUGGAACCUGUGCUCAUAUCUUCUCACGACCUACAAGGAUGUCAUUCUGUCUGUCGAGUCCAUGCUUAUAAUCUGCAUCUGAAAUCCUGUCAGUCCCAUUCCCCCACUCAUUGCCUUGACACUUGAUCUGGAAAUCAGAUCAUUAAGACCUAGUGCUCUUUAUAUCAGCACUACAGGCCCAAAAGUGAAGUUUUCUGGGAGUGCAGUCUGACAUCAUUCAGGAAAUUUGAACAGGUACUUCCUGGUGUGAGUCUCUGAUGCAAUUUCUAUGUCAGAUGCUUAUAAAGAGAUGACAUUGCCCUUGCUGCUCUCCUUUAGAGAUACUGCCAAGGAAUUUAGUUCAUGUCAUCCUAGGAGUGCUUCUGGGACAUCUGGAUUUUCACAGCACAAUGCUGGACUGAGAUACUUCCCAUGGUUUUCCUCUAUCCUUUAGCACAGCCCCCCACCCAAUAAUCAUUACAGAAAACAGACAUAUGUGACGAGUGCCAUUGCAUUAGGAUGGUUAUGUGUGUCCUUUAGAUCUAAAGUAUGAACCCACACUUCUACCCAGCCAAUCCAGGGGUGCCCAAUCCUGUGAACAUCCUCCACAUCCCCCCCCACCCCCCUCCCGGGGCUAUAAGAGAAAUGAUCCCCAAGGUUCCCGACUUACAGUGCUGAGGCAGGACUAAUUUGCAACCCACACCAACUGCUCAUCUAAUCACCCACUCCUCUGACCCUUAUCCUAAUGCCCCACAUGCACAUCACCAAACACCCACAAAACUUGCUACUUCAGCUUUUGAAAAUUGGAAAUGCACCUACAACAGCGCCUCUCAUUUCACUCAGUGCCAGGGGCUACUCUGGAGCCAACCUAAAGUAAACUCACACUCUUAGAGUGCAUUGAUUCAAGGAGAAUUCUAAUAAUCCCACCAGAUUUGGUGCCAGAUUUUUGCCAAAACCAAAGUAUAGUAUUAAGCUAUCAGUGGUGGGUUUUUUUAUUCCCCCACCCCAAUGACUGACAACUGAGAUCCUCAAGUGCUGUCUACGAGUCUCUGGGUUUACACAAAUGGUCCACUGUCCUCGCCCAUCAACUUCCAUCUUCUUCAGCCCUGUCACUUCUACCUAUCACCUCCCAGCUUCUUGCAGCAUUCCCACUCUUCCCCUCCCUCACCUGGAUCCACCUAUCACCCGCCAGCUCUUGCUCCACCCCUCCCCCCACCUUUUUGCAUUGACCAUCUCCUAUCUUUCUUUCCAGUCCAGAUGAAGAGUCUCGACUGUCAGCUGUUCACCUCCCUCCAUAGAUGCUGCCUGACCCAUUGAGUUCCUCCAGCAUUUUGUGUGAAGACACAAAUGGUCCAUUUUGUCCCUGUUGAUUCACUUGGGGGAGCACUGGGUUCAUGCUAAAAGUCUGAUUUUUUUUAAAAAAAAGGUGUCCCAUUGGCUCCUUGAAUCAAUUUUUCAGCAGUCUUUCAACUAAACGGUAAGCACCCCUGGCCAAAAUGAACAUGGUGUUCUUUACUAGUUGGAACAACAUGAUUUUCAUCUUUGGACUAUGUCAAAUGAUUCACAUAGCACUGCUAGCCAUUUCUUCGGUCCUUAAAGGGCCAUUUAUAAACAAAAGAUUUCCAGCCAGAUAAAACAGGGACUUCUGUAGCUGAGGAGAAUUAUGAUCCCUCACCCAUCACCACUCAGAAUCAAUCCCUACAAUGUCUACCUCUCCCCAACCCGCAGAAUUCUAAACCAACUCAGUCCCGUACCUGAUCGCUGACCCACCCCAACUGCCACUGUCGAGGCCUCUGACCACCAAUCUUUCCUUCCUUCAACCCUUGGCCUCAGUUCUUGAUACCAUAAUAAUAGGGAGUUCACAUUAACUCACCCGCUUGACCCGUGUUUUUAGCACAUAGCUGAGCUGUGGAUCGCUGCAGUGAAGCAAUCCUCCAGUGAUGUGUUGGUGAUUUUGUCCCAUCUGAGCAGCAGUGUUGUUAACAUUGCAUAGGCCCACAGAUGAGGAGAUUACCAUGGGGGAAAUAAAAUAUAAACAUGGGAUAGAAACAUUACAAAUUGAUUGAUUCUUAACGCUUUUUUUAAAAACCCUAGCACUUUUCAUUCCCAAUCCAACAAGCAAGUUCUAAUCACAGACUGUAAUUAUAAAUUUAAGUCCACCUUGCUUGCAGUUCUCUGCAACACAGCACCUUUUGUUCUCCUUACCUCCAUCAUACUUGUGUCAAGUUUCUCACUUCCUCCCUCAGAGACAGGUCGGGACAAUUGUGUCGAUCCAGCCCAAUUACCCCAGCGAAGCCCAGCCACCUCACAGAGCCUGAUCUGUUAUGUUCACUCACAUUGUUUUGUGGCUCAGCAAAUCGCAACUAAAUAUUUUCCAAAAGCACUUUUUAAAGGAAGCAGCACCUGUUCACUUUCCCAAUUGGAAAUUUUCAACCUUGUCCUGUUGCUGCCGACAUUUAUCAAAAUUGCACUUUCCAAGCUUUCGCUUCUCUAUUUUGCUCUUGUUACCUAGACUAUGCACAUAAGUCACAAGUGUAAAUAGAUUAACUUUCUUCCCUUUGGCUCAUGGAUUGCCAGAGGUACCAUUCAGUCAAAGCUGUCAAAUAAAGAGCCUUCGUGUCCUAUCACAGAAGGUACAGGCACAGUUUGGCUCUCAAGUUUGGUCAGUCCAUGCUUUCAAGGUGGCUGCCAGUUUACUGAAGCUGCAAAUAGGGCAUACAUAGCAUUAUAAAUUUGUCAAUAUGGAUUUUGAAAGGAACAUAGGGCUGCCCACAGCAAUUAGGCUCCCUAGAUGUUUAACUUUACAGAAAAUACCACUCAUCUUUUCCUCAAGUUACUGUAACUGAUUUCCAAUUUCUAUCACUACUGCUCAAGUGCUUUGUCAAUUUGCUGUCAGAAAUCUGUGUAAGCUCUUAAAAGUUGCCUGCAGCAAGAAUGCAUUUAAGGUAGACUAAUACCAGCUAUAUCAGUUGUGAAGGCAGUUGUGGUCCUUACACACACAAAAAAAAUUCCUUCCCUGUAUGUCAUGAGGAACAAAAGGACAUUUAAAAAAAUAACCUUUAAAACCAAGCUGGAGAAUCUGUGAAAGGUGUGGUUCAUAUAGAAGCACCAGCAAGACUAACCCAAUGGUAAUUAAUCGCUUUGUCCAGCUCAGCCAUGUAACCAAAUCAUAAUGCAAAGAUAAUAUUAGUCAUGUCAUUUUGUAGGGUGCUGUAUAAUCCUUCGUAGUUUGAUUAUGUUGUAAUACUUGGACUGCUUGCAUUUAUGUUUUAAUUGUAGUGUUUACUUAGUUUAAUAAACAUUUAAUAAAUUG